GAUGGUGUGAUUCGCAGACGUGGUCAAGGUCCAGGGUGGAAGUUCUUGGGUCAGCCAGUCUGCUUUGAGGGUUUCUGUCAUUUGACAGGUGUGAGCCGACGGCAGUGUUCCAAAUUCCUCAAGGCUAUACGUGAAGGUGCCCUAGAGCCUCCAGCUGAUGGGAGAUCCCUUCGAGUUUCAAGGGAUGAGCCCAAGAGAGACCAUGCCCGUAGCUUCUUUCAGUACUUGUACGACCACCUAGCCGAACCACUUGCUGAGGGUUUGGAUCCAGAGCUAGACGAGUCCACGGAGUGGAUCGACCCAAACCCCAGAGCAGCGCCAGCUGAAAGCAACCAGAACCCUGUUGGGGCUGCGGCAGUGCGGCCAGUACUGACCGCUGGCAGGUGGUUGCACCACAUGAAGUUUGUUGAAAUCUACGAGAUGUACACUUCCAUGUAUGGGCCGUUGACCAAUCCACAGGAUGUGUGUGGAAGGUCUGUGCUUCGAGAUGUUUAUUUGCAAGAAUGGCGAUUCAGCCUGCGGAUCCGCAAAACAUCCCAGCACACACAGUGCAAAGAUUGUGUCCGAUUUUCAAGGCAGCGACGGGCGCACGAUCUGACCGAGUCGCAGAAGCAAGAGAUCACGCAGGCCGCGAACCUGCGCAAGCACGGCGUCUUUCAGGACCGUGGUGUUGGCCGCAAGCUCAUGUUCCUUUCGGAAUCUGCCACAACCCAGGGCACACAUGUGGCGCCAGAACUGGGAACGCUCUAUAUUUGCUUAGAUGGAAUGGACCAAGAUUUUGUCCAAUGCAUCAAAGAGACUCUCAAACCAGCGCGGGGCCGCGAGCUCUUUGCUGAAAAGCUGGAGGGUCUGUGGGACUGGCAGAAAUUUAUGGAGCCAAUGGAACGGGUCAUGAGUGGAGUGGCCAUCUUGAAGAGCCAGCCUGAUGUGAACUAUGCUUUCCGCAUAGUAACGCGAAAAGAUAUGAAACUUUACUCUGGCUAUGAGAAGUGGGUCGACAUGGCAGACGAAGAACAUGAGGCCCUGGACCAAUGCCCAGAGGGGCCAGCAGAUGGGGAUGUCUUUCUGCUAUGCAAGCAGUUCAUGCAUUCCACGUCGCUGUCACAGAAGCCAGUCUUGCUUACGCCGGAACGUCCAGCACGAGAACCGGUGGUUCUCAGGAAGCCUGCCAGCGCACAGCCGGCCAAGAAGAAGGUUUGUGUUUUGGGCACCGUGAUGCACCGUGCAUUGCUGCAAGCCAACAAAUGUGAUGGUGUUCUUUUGCCUUGUGCUUUGGAAAGUCCUGCUGAUGCAACGCCCGCCGCUCAGGUUGGACCUCUUCAAUCCAUUGCUUUGUCACCGGCAGUGUUCCCAUGUGGGUGGAACGCCCUCAAUCAGCGGCAGGCUGACCUUGCAAAGAAAUUGCAGGGCCACAUUCGCCCCCGCUUCAUGAUGGCAAGCCCACCCUGUACCAUGUACAGUCCACUCAUGAGGCUAUGGAACUUUCGCAAGAUGCAGCCAGCUGUGAGGAAGAGACGGCAGGGUGAGGCCCACUCCAUGGUUGACACGGCCGUUGACCGGUGCCUGGAACAGCGUGACCGUGGUGAUCUCUUUGCAUUUGAGCACCCGGCAAACGCAUCCAGCUGGAGGCAGCACAGGAAGCUGGCCAAGGCCAGGAAGACAAAGAAUACUUACGAGGUUCUUUUUGACCAGUGUGCAGUGGGGCUUCGGUCACCAAGCGGUAAGCCAAUGAAGAAGCGGACCAGGCUUUGGACCAAUUCACUGGCCAUGGUCCGCCGCUUCAAGGUCAUGCAGUGCAAGUGCCAACAGCCACACAAGCGGAUUUGCGGGUCAGAGAUGGGCUACAAGCUCAGCAAAUGGGCUCAGUGCUACCCAAAGAAGAUGGUCAAUACUCUUCUCUUGGGCGCCAAGGACGACAUGUCAAAGUGA